UUUAAAGAAAUUCGUAAAAACUAAGUUAAAAAACGCAUUACACAGCUGGAAGCUCAAAAUUAGCAGUUACACUUAAACAUAACGAUGAAUAUCAAUGUUUAAUUUAAAGAAAUUUGUAAAAGUUAAAAAACUCAUUAGAGUGCCGUAGAAGCCCACCUUUUUAAAACAUGAUGAUUGUAGUUAGUUUCUUCAUUGGUAAGGGGGUAGAUAUCUGAUGAGUGACUCCAACCUCAUACAACCCACGCGGCACUACAUCGAAAUAAAGAAACCCUUUAAUUUUUAUGUAUGGCUAAAUAUGGAAAAUAGGAUUAGCUUUAAUGAGAUACGAGUAUUUUUAUCAGAAAUUGAUCUAAAUAGGGGUAAAAACGUUUUGAAAUUCCAAAAUAGGAGUAUCAUGUUUUUUAUUCCCUGAAUAGGAGUAAAUUUCUGCCAAGUUUGGCAUUACAAGGCUUUUAAACAUGGCAUUUUCUUCCAAACUUGGUAGAUUACUCCUAUUCAAGGAAUAAAAAACAUGAUACUCCUAUUUUGGAAUUUCAAAACGUUUUUACUCCUAUUUAGGGAAUUCCCUCUAUUUUUAUCAAUAAAAUAAACAACAUAAAUAUUCUCUAUGAUGAGCUCUAAUUUGUAAGGAUGUUUUCUUUUGAAGUGAAAUUUGUCAGUCUUAUCUGGUCUGGUCUGGUCUGGUCUAAUAAACGUCUGGUCUCUGUGAAUUUUAUAACUACAAAAGUCUGGUCUGGUCUGAUAAACGUCUGGUCUCUGUGUAUUUUAUAACUACGGAAGUUUGGUCUGGUCUGGUCUGAUCUGGUCUGUGACUGAAAACAGUCCAAAAGAAAACAUCCUAAUACAGUCUCCAUCUCAUGGAGCUGUGAAAGAAAAAUAUGACGCAUAAUAUUUUGAUAAGGUUUUCACAUUUUUAUUAAAUAUACAAAAAUUGUGAUAUUAAUUUUUGUGUUUUAAGAUUAAUUUUAUACAUCAACUUUGAUUUUGUUGUAAAUUCCUGAGAAUGACAAGUGUGAAUUGUUCAUCCUUGUCAUCAGGACACUAAUCCAAUUUCCAUCCUUGUAAUAAACAGAUGGCUAGGUUUAAUGUUGCCAGCAUAUUAUGUAGAAUGAUUCUUUGAUUAUUCAUCACCAAGCUCCAUCAGUAUAAAUAGGGGUUUGGUGAUGCCUUGUAAAUGUACUUAGAAACUCAGAAAUUAUCAGUUAUAUUAAGAAGAAGUGAUUUAGAGGUUUUUUUUAUCAAUAUAUCUAUCUUUCAAGUUUGGUGUUCAUCUUCUUCAUUUUACAACACGUUAUCAGCACGAAUCUGCUCAAAAAUCUUCAAGAAAUCACCAUCUCCUGCAGUUAUAUAAUGGCCAACAUAAGCAAAAGAGAAUUCGACGUUCUUGAUCUGUCCGGUCAAAAAUAUCUGGAAUGGAAAGUUGAUGCUUUGGCACAUUUAAAAGCAAAUGGAUUGGAAGAUACAAUUGAAGCCAAUAAUCUAUCAUCUUCCCAAGAUAAAGCGAAAGCUAUCAUUUUCAUCCAUCACCACCUCCAUGAAAGUCUCAAAUCUGAAUAUCUUUUGGUUGAUGAUCCAAAAGAAUUAUGGGACAAUUUACAAGAGAGGUAUGACCACCAACAAAAGGUACUUUUGCCAAAAGCUCAGUAUGACUGGAUCAAUUUAAGAUUCCAGGAUUUUAAAUCAAUCAGUGAUUAUAAUUCUGCUAUGUUCCAAAUAACAUCUAAACUAAAGUUAUGCGGACAAAAAGUCACCGAUGCUGAUAUGUUGGAGAAAACCUUUUCUACAAUGCAUAUUUCUAAUAUGCUGCUACAGCAGCAAUAUAGAGAAAAGGGUUUUAAAAAAUACUCCGACUUAAUAUCGGUAUUAUUGGUAGCUGAGCAAAAUAAUGACCUUUUGAUGAAAAAUCAUAAUCUGAGACCCACUGGUUCUAGUCCUUCGAUUUAUGGUCCAUCUGGACAUAACAUUGUCACUGAAUCAAACGCAAUACACAGUGGCACACGAAGGCAUUUUAAACGUGGGAAUUUUAGUGGUCAUAAUAACAAGUCCCACCGAGGAUAUAAACGGGUCGAAAGACCAAAUUACAAGGGCAAGGGCAAACAAAAAGCCCAUCAAACAAAUCGCCCUACAAAAACCUCGGUGAAAACGACUUGUUACAAAUGUGGCAUGACGGGACACUGGGCUAACAAAUGCCGUACUGCAAAGCAUCUUGUGGAGUUAUUUCAAGCUUCCAUGAAUUUAAACAAAGGCAAAAAUGUGGAAGUGAAUUAUGUCAAUGACACAACUCCAUCUCUGCCAAAAUUUGAUGUGUCCGACUUCUUCAUGGAUGAUAGCAUAAUGGAUGAUGCAUUUGCCACUGAUCAAAAUAACACAAAAUAAAUUAUAAGACUU